GAGCCGAUGAAGUUAUAGUUUUGCGUAAUCGCGGGCAUAUAACCGCGGUCGUCUGUGUCACGGACGAGAUACCGGAUGAUACGGAGUAGACUGAAAUCAUAGAACAUAUAGGACUUUUCAACUUUUGGCGGGAACGAUAUCGUCUUAUCACCGAGACAGUGAAAAUAUGAAAGCACAAAAUAGAUUAAAUCUAUUCUGCGAUGAAAUUAUGAAAGUACAUAAGUACGGACCACGACGAUUACGACUAAUGACAAAAACGAAGAAAACUGAAAAAAAUUGUUAUUAAUUAUUUCCUAUUUGAUGUAUUUCAUUGAACACCAUGGACGAAGCCAUACAGCACUUGGAACAAGUUGUGACUAAUAUUGAAAAAAGAAUAGAUACGUUAAGUUGGAAAAUAAAGAAAUUUGAACGAGUACUAUUUUCAGAAAAUGAAACAUCCCACUCGUGUAAAAUGAUGUCCAUGAUGGCCAAUUUAGAAGAAACAUGCCGUAAAUAUAAUGAAGUAUUAUUAUUGGUGACCGAACAUAAAAAUGAACAAAAUGCAUUUACUGAUACAUUACAAUUACAAGUAAAUUUAGUUAAAAGCAAAGUCGAAACUUUACGAGCAAUUAUGACAAAAGGAAGAACAAUUGAGUUCUAACUUAAUAAACUAAUGUUUGUUGUAAUUCAAAUAAAUAGAUUUAAGCAAAGAUUUUUAUAUAAUUAUAUAUUUUUUUUAUACAUUUUUAUUUAUUUUUAAUUCACUUAAACAAUGUAUAUAAAUUAACAAUUUUUAAAAUUUAU